UGCUGAGAAAGGGUGUUUCCUGCAGCUGGUCUCUGGUUGCUAAGAAGGGGCUUGGCUCAGGUUCCUUGGGACAGACCAAAAUGGCUACUGCGACCCAGAAGUAUUUCAUGGAAGGACAGACAUACUCCGUCCCUCUCAUCCAGCCAGAUCUCCGUAGGGAAGAAGCCAUUCAUCAGAUAGCAGAUGCGCUUCAGUAUCUGCAGAUGGUCUCAGCCGAUAUCUUCAACAGGAUCUCCCAGCAAGUGGAGGCCAGCCGGACACAGCUGCAGGCAAUCAACGAGAGAGUCACUCUAGCUCAAGCCAAAAUUGACAAGAUAAAGGGCAGCAAGAAGGCCAUUAAGGUAUUCUCCAGCUCAAAAUACCCUGCUCCCGAGCGGCUGCACGAAUACACUUCUAUUUUUGCUGGUGCGGAGGAUCCAGAUGUGCAGAAACAACCAAGGCGCAAGAUUCAGAGCAAGCACAGGGCGUUAGAUGAGAAAUCUUUGCAGGAGAAACUGAAGUACUUCCCGGUUUGCGUCAGCGCAAGGAUCCAUCAGGAAGAUGAUGCAGAGGAAGGCCUCGGGAGCCUCCCCGGGAAUAUUAGCUCCCUUAGCUCCCUGCUGCUCUUCAAUACCACUGAAAACCUGUAUAAGAAAUAUGUUUUCCUGGACCCUCUGGCUGGAGCAGUGACCAAGACCCACGUGGCUCUGGCGACAGAGAAGGAGGAGAAGCUUUUUGACGCUCCCCUCUCCAUCACGAAGAGGGGGCAGCUAGAUCAACAGGUGCCUGAGAACUACUUCUAUGUGCCAGACUUGGGACAAGUGCCCGAGAUAGACGUGCCGUCCUAUCUGCCUGACCUGCCUGGCAUCGCCGCUGAUCUCAUGUAUAGUGCUGACCUUGGGCCUGGCAUUGCGCCUUCUGCCCCUGGCGCUGCAAUCCCAGAGCUGCCAACUUUCAACACAGAAUCUGCUGAGCCUUUCCGACAAGAUCUUCAGGAAGGUGCACCUCCCCCGCCUCCGCCUCCUCCUCCCCCGCCACCCCCUGAAAUGCCAGCAAGUGCUCCACCGCCCCCGCCGCCUCAGGUCCCGCCCCCACCGCUCCAGCCAAUCAGUGGAGAGAGCAGCAAUGCAGCACCAUCAGCUGCUCUCCAGGGGGCACCAAAAGAAGUUGUGAACCCCUCGAGCGGACGGGCCACCCUACUCGAGUCCAUCCGCCAGGCCGGUGGCAUCGGGAAGGCAAAACUCCGUAGUGUCAAAGAGCGGAAGCUGGAAAAGAAGAAGCAGAAGGAGCAAGAACAAGUGAAAGCCACGGGGCAAGGUGGAGACCUGAUGUCGGAUCUCUUCAACAAGCUGGUUCUCCGGCGCAAAGGUAUUUCGGGUAAAGGGCCUGGAGGCGGCGGUGACAACAAUGCUCCCAGUGCACCAGGGGGAGCCUUUGGGCGCAUAUCGGAUACGAUCCCACCUCUGCCACCCCCACAACAGCCACCUGGCGAGGAUGAAGAUGACUGGGAGUCCUAGAUCAUGUCUCCUUUUCCUGUUAUGAACAUGGGGCCGGUAGCCUGAAAUGGGGAGGGGGAGGACUUGCCUUAGCUAUUGUUUUUUUUAAAGACCCUCCCGUAGCAGAGUCUAAGUAUCAAAUACUAUGGCAAGGCUUGCCCUUCUCUUGAGUGCCUCCUUCCACCGGAGGGCUGUUGGGGUAGUAUAUGCUCAGAGAGGAGCAACGGCAGGUCCUUCUCGCGUGAGAUGAGCCGCGAGUCCAGAUCGAUGCCUUGAACUGGGUCUGGCAACGCUUGUCAACAAACAGCUUCUGCUGACAGCGCUCAGCUUUUCCCUUCUGCUUUUUUCUGAAGUUGGAACGGAUCGGGGCGAGGGGGGGCAUUUGUGCAGUAUAGAGCUGCAAAUCUGGGGAGGUGGUCUUUUUCCUUGCCUGGCCCUUUUCUUCCAUCUUUGUCUGUGUGCAUCCACAUGUGCAAUACCAGUUUGGUAAGAAAGAGCAUUCUUUCGUCAUGUAUAAAUGAAGGAGUGAGACAAAGUCAUCAAAUGCAUCCUGCAGACUUUUUUCUUUUUCACAUAGGCUCUUAUUAAAAAAGAGAAAG